AUGUGCGUGCUCUUGGAAGCCGCUCUGACAGCCGCCGGGCACCAAGCUGCUCGCGUGGAGCCGCCUGCCCGCUCGUCCGCUCUCCUUGCUGUACACGCCCUAGAUCUGGUCCGCGAUCCGGAUCAUCCCGCGCCGUAUGAUGCUUCAGCAACUGCAGCUGCUGCGUCGCCAUCAUUAACGCAAUCAUCCUUCUCAGGCUUGUAUUUUCUCACAGCAUUAAGAUCGACGCUGAUGAAGCCAAGGCCGGACGAUGAUAUGCAGACGGCCGCCCGGGCCCUCGUCCUUAAUGAUCUGGAGGGUGGUGGGGCGCGGGUCGCCGCCAUACCAGGGCUCGGGGAGGAUCCCAGCGGCGGUUGCGCCGUGGACUCUGACAGCGACUCCGAUGGCCCGUUCAAAUGGGACGAAAAGCGCAGGAUCGAGACGGGCAAGAUAGCCCCAGGCCUUUCACCCGGAGACACGAAGCGCAUCAGGCCUGAGACCGAUGAGGCAAAAUCUGCCACCUCAGCCGCUACAGUGCACGUCAAUAUAAUACCGUACUGGACUCCGACGGAAUUCAGGGUCUACAAGAAGAUUGAAGGGAGCGGAAUUGCUCCUGAAGUCUUCGCCCUCAUCGAAGAUGACCACACUGGCUCCAUCGUAGGCCUCAUCCUCGAGGACCUCAGACUUGUGGGGAGUAUGCCCUUCGUAUCGGAUCCCCAGGAUAGGGCCGCCUGCCGUGACACUUUGAAGGCACUGCAUAAUAAGGGCUGGGCACAUGGGGAUGCCCAUGUGCGUAAUUCCAUCAUUACGGGCGACGACAAGGCUUACUUCUUUGAUUUCGGUGCGGCGAAGAAGAUCAAGAGCAAGAACGACGAAGCGGCACAGGACGAUCUCGAAGACUGUGCCGACGAGAACUGCAAAAGGGGUUUGAUAGCGCCGGUGUCUUUCUGA